AUGCAUAUCGAAACUAUCUUCUCUAUCCUAGCAAGCCUAGCUGUCGCCUCCGCCGUGCCCGUUCUACAGGAAUACCCUGUGGUCCCAAUGCCUACGCCCACUAUGCCUGCGAUCGCAUCUUCUUCGGCAACCUAUUCAUCACCUUCAGCAGCAUCUUCCACGCCAGUGGUUCCUGUCGGCCCCUACUCCUGCCCGGAGCACCAGUACAAACAGUGCUGCCAGUCUUUGGCGCAGACCUCGCACGAUAUCAUCCAACCAUUGGGCGAACUCGUGCCUAUUGUUGGAGGCAUCCAGAUAAGCUCAGCGGUGUCAUUCCAAUGCCGGAAUAUGAAACCAGAUGAGCCACCGGAACAGUGCAAUGAACCCGAAUACAGGCCCAUGUGCUGCUCGAAUGAAAACACAAGCGGAGUCAACGCGUGCAAACCAUUCGAGAAAGCAAAGGAAGAAUACUACCGCUCCUUCGGAUAUGGCGGGGAAUCGGAUGAUAAGGUCGAAAUCAUCAAUGACGUUUUUUCAUAA